AUGGUGGUGGCCUCUGGUAGUUCGAGAGUACUAGUGAAUGGGAUCCCAACUCGUAGAUUCUCAAGAGGCAAAAGAUUGAUGCAGGGAGAUCCUUUGGCGACAUUCUUCUUCAUUCUGGUAGCUGACUCAUUGACUCGAUUUCUGCAUAGAGCCAGGCAGGCAGGGCGGUUCCGCAUCAAACAUAAUCAGAGUACCGAGAUCCUCAUUUCUCAGUUUGCGGAUGACACACUAAUUUUCGGCAAUUGUGUGAAGGACCAGGUGCUUGCUUUCAAAUGCAUCCUCUUGGGGUUCGAAGCAGUGUCUGGAUUGUCAAUCAAUUUCAGUAAAAGCUCAGUAUUCUAUCUCGGUGGGCGACGGGAAGCUGAAGCUGAACUUUCUAUUUGGCUGAACUGCAAGGUUGGUGUGUUCCCAUUUAAAUACUUGGGAAUCCCAAUUAGCCCAAACAGGCUUACAAGAAGGGAGUGGAUGUAUGUUAAAGAGAAGUUUGAUCAGAGGCUGGCUUGUUGGAAAGGUUCAUGUCUCUCUCUUCGAGGAAGACUGGUACUCACUAAUUCAGUGCUCUCAUCCCUAGCUAUUCAUUUCAUGGCUUUCUUCAAACUUCCAAAGUGGUUGGUUCAAGACUUGGACAGAGUAAGGAGCAGAUUUAUCUGGAGAUGUAAGCGGGUUGAAUCCUAUGAAUUGGGGUAG